CUCUCUCGUUUUUUUUGUUUCGUCCGAGGACGAUGCUGGGAUGUCGGUCCGUACAGUUUCGGGUCUUUGUUCGGAUGAUUUGAGUCGAUUCUUGGGUUGAAUUGAAGGGGGUUAUGGGCGGGUUUCCGUGGAAGAAGGCGAAGGGCACCGCCAGAAUUUCGCAGAUGGUGAAGGAUCAAUUCCGCCGCCGUAAGACCGCCGCAUCGCCGCUCCUCGUCCAGACCGGCUUCCCCACUUCCCUCGUCGAUCUCAUCCUCAAAAACCACGAACGCUUCAACAUGCCCUCCGGUCCCCCUAAAAGGAAACCGCCCCCGCCGAUCCGAACCGGCGAUCCGGAUUUCUCGCACCCCUCGCCGCCGGUUUCGCCGCUCAGAAUCCCGAUAUCCUCCACGGACAUGGACGGAAGUGAUAAUCCGGCAACCAAUUCGAAUUGGGUACUUUCUGCCCUUCUGAAGAUCUUCAUGCUGGUAGUUUUGGCUCUCGGAACUAAGAAAUUCGCCGCCGGAAUCACAUUAUCGGCGUUCUUUCUGUUCUUUCUCGAUUACUUGGCCAGAAACGUGUUCCAAUUCCAGAUCUUGGCGACUUUCAGGCGAUUUAUCACUAGUCAAGUUGUUAGAGAUGAUGGAAAAGACCAUCCAAUUGAAGAAAUCCAAGUUGUUGAGGAUCUUCCUUUCAAGGAAAUCGACGAUCCAUCUCUCGUCGGCAAAGAAUUUGAAUCCGAAGGGACACAAUUUGUGGCCGAGAUGAUAGGGGAAGACGAUGGAGCAUGUGAACUCUCCCAAUCCAAGAGGCGAAAGUCUCGGAGGGCAAAAAUAAGAUCAAAAAUGAAGAAACUUUUCCAUUCGAGGAAGGGAAUACGAAAAGGCCCAAAAGCCGAGUCGAACCCAACCGGAGAAGCCGAGUCGAAUCCAACCGGAGAAGCUGAGUCGAAUCGAGCCGAGUCGAAAGAUACUUUUCAAGAAAUUCCUCAUUCACAUGAGGGUGAAGUGGAGACAACUCUAGUCAUCAUCAAGCAAAAUGUGGUUGAAAGGAAGGGGAAUUAUGGAUACAUGGUUCUUGUCAUGGUUGCUCUUCUUGGGCUUGUUAUGGGAGGAAAGAUUUAUGCCCUAACUUUUACCUUGACAUGGUGUUUCUUGUCGAAAUGGUCCGUUUUUCGGAAACGGUCUCUCCAGCUAUACAGUUAACGAAAUCGGGCGUCUUCUGAAGACAGACAUUUAUACAGUUAAAGGUAAUGUCAGAGACAUUUUAUACCGUUACGGGCAAUGUUUGUGUACACAUAUGCUCCCCACUCCACUUCUGGGUUUUGGUGGUUGUUAUGGUGCUUCUUGUCAAUGCCAAACAAAGCUACAUUGAGAGGUCAAAGGGGGUUUCUUUGUGAGGAUGAGAUCAAGUCAAGAAAUAUCUAUGUUCCACAAUGAAAUCAAUGGCAGGCUUUGUUUCAUGGAAAGCAAGCAGCAGAAAUUUGGCACUCUUUUUUGUCAUAAUGUUGUUUGCUUUUUUUGUGGAAUUCUUUUUUUUUUUGGUAUUUAGCCAACAACCCCUUAGCUUUUGGUGCAAUCUCCAGCCUUUGGUUGGUGUU